CCCACAUGUAUCCCACAUUGCAUUGCGUAUACCUAAUGUGUAGGUUGAUUGAAAAUUGGGUGACGUAAGCACUUGUAAGUUUUAUUAGCCGUAUGUCUCAGUCGUACUUUCCGGCAAAUGUCAACAUUUUUGUCCUUUCAGGGAGGUUGAACAUAUGGCAGGACCACUGGGAGAUCUUUAUGCUGUCGUGGAGGGUAAAACGAAAAAAGACAAGGUAAUUCUUUUAUCUUUCAGAACGUUUAACUUCUAUAGCUCUCAAAAAGAAAUUAGUAUUGUUAGAUUUAGUAUGGGACCUUUUGAUCAUACCUUCAUCGUUAUUAGUCUUUCAUGUAUGUUGUAAUCAUAAAUAUUUAACUUCCAGUUGUUUAUAGAAAAGUUUGUAAAUCAAUUUUCUAAAACUACCUAUUGUGCGCAUAAUUGCAGUAAUGUACAAUGAAGGUGGAAAUUUUGUGGACACCACUCACGCGUAUGGCUGCAUAUAGUUUUCCACACACCUGCCCUGCCCCCACACAUCCUGCCCCCACACAUUGCUGUAUUUAGUAGCUGGUCACAAGAGGGAUGGGGGGCCAGGAGGAGGAAAUUAGCUGUUUAUUGUAGCAUACUAUAUGCAGCCUUUUUACAAACUUCUGGGGCUUUGGAGUUUGGUGGCGUAGUUGUUCCUUUGACUUCUGAGUUCGUAGGUUCGAUUCUCGCUACGGACUCGUGUGUCAACGCUCUGUCAAAAGUCGUGGGUUUUCUCCGAGUGCUCUGGUUUCCUCUCACAGGGAAAGUUGGCAGGGUGGGUUAAGAUAAACACAGUUAAGGAAGUAAUAUCCCAAUUGUUAUAAAAAUAGAUAGUCUAGGCUAAGUAUGUAAAUGGUAAGCGUAAUACUUGAUGCAAAGCGCAUUUGAUCAUACCCACAUGUAAAUUUGCGCUAUAGAAAUGUCAAUCGUCAUCGUAGGUAUUGGCAUAGAGAUUAUAAAUAACACUAGAGGAGGCAUCGAGGUUAAAAAUUGGGAACGCAGCUAAUGGGGGGCAAAUUCAAGUCCCGGAUAUAAAAUCGUGCUCUCUUUGGCUGAUUUGAAACUCGUCACCAAUGGGAACACCAAUACACAUCCGGGACUUGAAUUUGCCCCCAAUAGUCGCGUUCCCUUUUUUUACUGAAUUAAGAUUACAAUGCCUCCUCUAGUGUUAUUUAUAAUCUCUGUGGGUAUUGGCCCAUGCGCGGGUAACACCAUUUUAAACAGGAGUGAUGUUUCUAAACUGUGGUGAUUUUAAACAUGCAGGAGUGAUGUUUCUAAACUGUGGUGAUUUUUAGUACCUGCAAGGACAGACUGUAGAUAACUUUCUUCUUUGUUGAUCACCUAAACAACGGAAAGCAUUUGGUGUAUGCUAAGUAUUGAGGUAACUUUCUUGUAUUUUUAUUAUCUAGAACGACAGAAAAGAUUUAGUGUAUGCGGAAUUAUCGGAUUUCGAUCCCAAAGCCAGUAACCGUGAACCACCAGCGGCCCAUCAUACUGAUUAUGCAGAUAUUGCACACAUCCGAACAGAACCUGAUAAUGAUUAUGAAGAUAUACCACCUAGAUCUAAUGAAGGAGAAUAUGCCAGUAUAAGAGAAGUCAAUCGUUCAAAUUCCAUCUCAAUAUAAUGCAAUUUGUUUGAUGCAGGAAUAUUUGCCCGUGUUACUGAGUUGAACCGAACCGCUCAAAUUUCAUCUGGAUUUAGUUAGUGUUUGUUUGACACAGGAAUAUUCGCCAGUGUUACUGAACCGUUCAAGUUUCAUCUCAAUAUAACGUUUGUUUGACGCAGGAAUAUUCGCCAGUGUUAUUGAGUUGAAUCACUCAAAUCUCAUCUGAAUUUAGUGUUUGUGGACACCACUCACGAAUAUUCACCUGUGUUACUGAACUGAACCGUUUAAAUUCACCGAUGACAGUUGAAUGUGUUUAUUUGGAAGAGCAGCCAGUGAACUGAACCUAACUCAAUCCCACAUAUAAUGUAGCAACGUAUCCGCAGGAUCGUUCGCAUUUUUAUCUUGACAUAUACUGUCAUUGGUAUUUCCUCAGAAAAGGAAAAAAAAACUUGGGGUGAAAUUUAUUUUUUAAACUAUAGACUUUGAAAAAUAUGAACUAAAAAUAUGAAGAAUAUAUUUUGCUGCACAUAUUUAUAGAAUGCAUGAAACCCAGUGUUAGGCAUUACUAAAAAUAAAAACCGAGCACCCUUUAAUGCAUUUUCAUUGUUGAGAUCACAGAAAACGAAUCAUGUAGCCUAGUUCAAUUCAUCGUUUUUAAACGUCAUUCAUUGUUGUCAAAAUUGCAACCUUUAUAUUCAUGAUGGGUUUUUAAAAAUCGUCCCUAUAGGUGGUCUGGGGGUGAACACCGCAUGAUUUCGACGCUAAUAUUUUUAUUGAAAAGUCAAACAGUGUCUAUGCAUACAUUUCUAUUUCAAUUGACAGUAUUAUAGACUGUGUGCACACGGUAACGUUUCCGAGCGUUUUCAGCUGUAACGUUUUCAAAAAGUGUCGUUUUCAAGCCGUGUCCACACGAAAACGGAAGAAAACGACGUCUUAUGACGAAAACGUUUUCACUGUUAAAAUAAAAAAAAAUCGUCUCAAAAUCAAAAUAUUAUAUUCUUGUUUCCUGGAAGCUUAAUUAGGUCUUUCAUUGGUAUCAUUAAUUCUUAAGUUAAAAACUUUAGCAACAAAUAAAACAAACUAUAUAGCCUUUCAAGUGUACAAUGAUUUAGGAACGAUUUAAAAUGUGUUUUGCUUUCGAAGGAGCGACAGACUUCGUAUCGGUGAUGCUGAAACUGUUUACUUCAUUAUAAUGAACAGAGGACAUUUUAAGAAACUCGUUGACAAGUAAUGACUCCAUCUGGUGGAAAACAAACGGUGAAGAGAAGCCGCAAGAGAUGGAAUUUUUGUCGAGACAAACAUUUGCUUGCCGUGAAAACGUUUCCGAGUGAACAGCUCUGUGACAGACUGACACAACAGUCAAACUGACAAAAUUGGAAACGAUAUUUUAGAAACGCUCGGAAACGUUACCGUGUGCACGUAGUCAUAGAUACAUUGAUAUUGUAUAAAUAUUAUAUUCCAUCUGAUUUUGUAUUAAAUGUUUUAGAAUUCAAAUAGACUGUAUUGUAGGUAAAUUACUGAUUUCGGCAACUAAGACAUCAGUAUAUCAAAUACUAGAAGCUCCGCAAACAGUAAACAUUUUUCAAUAUUGGGGACUUGUGUAAUCUACCCCUCGAUAACAACUAAUUCAGAAGCACCCUCAGAGAUGUGAAAAACGAUACUUUCUAUUCCUUAGAAAUACCUUAAAAACGCAGGAAGUACUUUGACAGUAUUCAUGCCUGUAAGAUUCAUACGAAGUAAAAUUCGAUAUUUUUAAUGAUAUAGUCUUCAUGUAUGAAUACCGCUGAAUCCCUUUUGCAUUUUAAAGUUAUAUUUUAGAUCAAUCAGCGAACUUUCUAGGCCAAAAGUAAAAGUUUCGCAUGCAAAACAGCCACGUUUCCAACCACACCCAUGCACAAACGUUUUAUGAGCAUUGAAAGUAAAUAGUUUUCAAUCUCUUCCUUGCCAGUUGAGCCAGCAAGGGACCGAUUACAUGGAGCGUUUU